AUGAGCCGCGCGUCGCAGCCACACAUGUCGCUUGGUGAUGCGGCGGCGAACGAGGAGGAGGCGCACGACGCCUUUCUCGACCUCGACGACCCUAACAACGAGAUCGUCGACGAGAGCAAACUGGCUGAGAUGGACGACAAUGAAGAGGAGGACAUGGACGGCAACGCUGAAGAGGUGAAGGAUGAUGGUGAGGACGGCGCCGAGACGGGCGCUGACUACGGCAACGAGGAGGAGCAGGCUGACGACGCGGAGGACCUCAACGACGUGCCUGACCGCGAGCCGGAGCGCGACGACGCGCUCUGCGUCUUCCACGGCCGCGACCACCGCGCGCUGCACAC